AGUUUACAGAAUGCUCAACCAAGACCACAACGCCUCUGCCAAAUCUGGUGGUACUCUUCCUGUGCUACCCCUCGCUCUUCAGGAAACUUCCUUGUGUCAAACAACACGAGUCUGGCUGAGACAAAAUGGAGGAAGUGGAUGAGACCGACUUGUUCCUUCAAAGUGAUCAAGCAGGAGAUCAAGGAAGAGCAGUAGGAAGCGGAUCAACCAAAGAAGCCUAACUUAGAUGGACUCAAGCGCCAAUGUGGAAAACCUAGAGGAAUGCAUGGAACUUGACUGUGCUCAAGAAAUUGAGGAAGAAAACUGUCGUUGCUUUCCAACAGCACGAGUCUGGCUGAGGAAAAAAAAGAAAGUUGUAGCACUUUGUGGUCCCAACACUCCAAAGGCGAUGGAAACUUCUUUGGCGUCAAACAACCAUCACGAUGCUCAAGCUGAAAAUGUGGAAUACCUAGAGGAAUCUAUGGAUCUUGACUGUGCUCAAUUGAGGAGGAAAACCUAAAAGUUCCAAGGACUACAGUUUCGCCGGGAGAACAACAAUCAGUCUCGUUCCUUUUGAGUGAUUCGGCAGGAGAUCAAGGAAGAUCAGGAGGAAGCGGCUCAACCAAAAAAUACUAACUUUUUUGAAAACUCUGAUAGACUCCAGCGCCAGUUCCUUCGAGCAACACGAGUCGCACUGAGAAAAAAUGAAGAGAAAUGAAGGAGUUCAGUGGUUCAGCAGGAGAACAUGGAAGAUCAGGAGGAAGCGGCUCAACGAAAGUAGCCGCAAGCUGAUACUAAAUGCUGAGCGAUUGAUUGAGUGGAGAAGUUAUCAAACUCUAGACUUCUACCGAUUCUUCUUCAAUGAGCACACCUCAUGCCCCAAUUUGUUGUGAACUUGUUUCGAUACAAAUUCUAUCGGGAUAAUGGCCCAGACUCUAUCGGAGCAAAUAUUGGAUGGAAAAAGCAUAGCGAAAAAAAGAACAUAAAAGUGGCGAGAUUGGCACCAGGAACGGCAGAAUAUUAAUUUUCCUUUUUUUUUUUAAAUAAAAUGUACUUUUAAUUCAAAUUCAUGUAGUUUCAAAUAAAGAAAAUAAGUCUUCCU